AUGGAAAUCCAACUGCCAUCUGGUUUCUCUUACGAUAUCUUCGUAAGUUUCAGGGGUGACACCCGAAAAACCUUCACGGAUCACCUCUGCAAGGCCUUGCRGAAUGCCGGAUUCCGCACUUUCAGAGACGAGGAUGACAUCCAGAUAGGUCACCAGAUCAAACCUCAACUUGAAAGAGCCAUCGAUCGGUCCACUAUUGCAAUUAUUGUUUUCACCAAAUCUUAUGGUGAUUCCAAAUGGUGUCUUAACGAGCUCCUGAAGAUUCUAGAACGGAAAAAGUUUGAURAUCAUUACAUUGUUUUUCCAAUCUUCUAUCGUGUCCAACCCRAGACCAUCCGAAAGCAGGAGGGGAGCUUUUYGAAAGCCUUUGAGGGAUACAGGAAAACCGGUGAAUACUCUGAGGAGAAGAUUGAUCAAUGGAGGAAAGCCUUGAAGGAAGUUUCCAACAUAGCAGGAACGGUUUUGCCAGAUAAAUCUGAUAGGUACGAAUCCUCGUUUAUCGAGGAAAUCAUUGAAUCAGUAAAAACCAUAUUGAAACAAAUGAGCUUAGAUGUAGCUUCAUGUAGAGUGGGCAUUGGAUCUCGAGUCAAACCAAUUGAUCAGUGGCUAAAAGAUCCUGCAGAUGUCAGCGUUGGAGUCAUCAGUGGGAUGCGAGGGGUGGGAAAAUCUACCAUCGCCAAAGUUGCUUACGACUUGAAUUUUGGUAAUUUUGAAGCUUGCAGCUUGCUUGAUGUAAGAAAAGCUUUCAAACAAAAAGAUGUUUUACUAGAUUUACAAACUCAGCUUCGUUCAGACACUUCAGCAAAAGGAAAGCAGAAAGUAGUAGAUGACAACCAAGGGUGUAUACUGAAGAUUCAGGAUGCUAAAUGCCAAAAAAGAAUUCUAUUGCUCCUUGACCAUGUUGAUCAGAUUGAACAAGUCAACUUUUGGCUAAAUGCUGGGAAAUCGUUUGAGAAAGGCAGUAAAAUCAUGAUAACUACAUCUCAUGAGCAUCUAAUAAGUCACCUACGACAUAAGCCUUUUAAGAUUAAGCAACUUGAUGAUCAUGAAUCUCUUCGGCUUUUCUGUUGUCACGCCUUUUCAAGAUUCCAUCCAACCGAAGGCUACUCAGAACUUUCAGAAAGAGUAGUACGACGCUGUGAAGGACGACCUUUAGCUCUUCAGCUUUUGGGUUCUUCUCUGUCUGGCAAGAACUCAGAGCUAUGGGAAAGUGCUUUAGAGCAACUGGAAGCAAGCCCAGAUGAACGAAACCGUAAAACAUUAGAGGUGGGGUAUAAGUUGUUGGAUGAUCAUGACCAGCGAUUAUUUCUCACCAUUGCUUCAUCUUUUGUCGGAAAAGAGAAAGGUGAAGCCGUGAAAAUGCUGGAAGAACGCAAUUUCUACUCCAAGGUUGGUAUGCAGAACCUCUUGGAUAGGUCUCUCAUAGGGGUUGAUGAAGACAAUAAGCUCAUAAUGCAACGUUUGGUUCUUGACAUGGCAGAGGAAGUUAUCCGUCAGGAAACUGUUGAUGAUCAACAUGGAAAACAUAAUUCAACAAAAGCUAAAACUGUGAGAGAUGCAAGUGAAGGAAAACGCAAGCGUCCAAGAGAUUACGAAGAUGAAUCAAUGCCACAGAACGUAGCGUCAAGUUCUUUUAAACGUUUGUGUCUCCGCUUUUUCUCCAUGUUCAAGCCAAGUACUAGCUAA